CAGGAUUUGCACUACGAUGGGAAAGAGGCAGCUAGUGGCACCGUCAUCUUUGCCAUUGACGCCGCUGCUGCCGGGCCGAAGCUGCCCGCACUGCGGAGAAUCAGUUUUCGCACGCUUCUCAUUACUUGGCGAUGAAUGUUUUGCCAAGAGGCAGAGGACGUCGUUGGCAUUGGCCGCUUCUGUGGACCCUCGCAGCGUAGAGGAGCUCACGGUGAACGCCGUGUCCUCCAGCGAUGUGCUGAGAGCAGGACAGUACAGUUUUCGCAUCAGCAUAGGCUGGAGUCUGGGACGGGACAUGUCUACGCAAGCUCACUCCAUGUUGGGUGUAGCCGUGGAACGUGUAGAUCGGGGGGUGGACAUUGUAGCAGUCAGCUUUGAGCUCAAAUUGGUGAACCAAAAGUUCCCAGAGAAGAGUGUGGUGAUGUCAACAGAGGCUCCAUUGGGCAUCACCGAACGAGGUCUGAAGGGUUGGUUCCCUGCACCUUAUGCGGAUCGGCGAGAAAGCGCGGAUGGCUUUGUGCUGUUGAAAGAGGUCUUAGAUCCUGCGAAGGGCUGGUUGGAGAACGACUCGCUGGUGGUAGAGUGCACCAUGACGGUGGGCGUGUCACAACCACAUUCCCUGGAUCGGAAGGGUCCACCACCCACUACGGCCUUGGAGGACCUGAGUUCUGACAUGGCGCAACUGCUGGAAAGCGAGGGUGAUGUGUGCUUGCAGGUGGGGCAGGAAGUGAUCACGGCGCACAGCAUCAUUUUGUCGACCCGAUCUCCGGUGUUCAAAGCGAUGCUGUCGCAUUCCAUGAAGGAGCAGAGCUCGCGACAAGUGGAGAUUUGCGACCUGGAAGCUUCUGCGGUGUACACCAUCCGCACCUCCACUUGUACACCAACAGCAACAGCCGCCAUGUCCGCCGCCAUGUCCGCCAUGUCAGUGGAAACCCCGUGGUUCGUGGCGCAGAAGGUCUUGCUAUUGUUAAAACUGAAGUUGCAGAACAAUCAGGAGAUCAGCCGUGACGCUUUGUUGGCCUGCGAGUGUCCCGGUGACAACGAGGACGACGAGGUCCUGCUUCCCGUGGAUUUCCGCACCCUGGAGGAGCACUUUGGCUUCGGCGGCGAAGGCGAGGGCGAGCAGCCGGAGCUGGUGGAUGAGGACGGCCGCAUGGAUCUCGACUUUCUGAUUGGAAAGUUUGGAGAGAAGGGAGUUGCAGAGGCCUUCGUCAAAGCGCAACAGGUCUGGCUGGAAAAUCGGCACCAGAUCCCGCCGCAGGAACGGGACGGCCCCAUCAAGGCAGCCGAGUGGAAACGCGAGUGGUGCGUCGCGGCAUGGGGCGAAGAAGGCGAGGAAGAGGAAUUGCUGGAGGAGGAUGCUGAGUAUGCAGAGGGUACCGAGGUGCCCCAGGAAGAAGAGGAAGUGGAAGAACCUGCCUUGAAGCGUAGAGUUGUGGCGGCGGCUGUUUUGGGGGACAAUGAGCCCACGGUUGCCUUGCUGCAGGCCGCUCACCGAUACCAGGUGAAGGGCCUCGUGGAUCUCUGUGUGGCCGCGGUGGCAUCCAACUUGAAAUUGGAGACCUCUGCUGACCGGUUAAUGCUUGCGGAGCACAUCGGCAUCGAUUCACUGAAACGAGACUGUUUGUCCAUGAUGGUGACCUCAACAGCCCAUGUGCGGGAAGUGCAGCAUUCUGAGGCCUACAGGCACUUGAGAUCCAAGCGGCCAGCCCUGGCUGCAGAUCUUUUGGCCGCAGCCUUUCCCAGCAAGACCUCGAGGUGCACGGUGAGCCGCUGA